AUGACAGUCCGUGGUCAAUAUCAGAACAAGACAAAUCGGUUCAGUGAGGCUCAGCAGGACGAAAGCGACAAUCUUAAUGAUCGUGGUUGUAUCCCUAAAGCUCCAGGAUCCAAUGCCCAUCGCUUCUUCGCCUUCAGGGCUUUCGCUUCAGAUACUCUUCGACUUCCAAACGUUUUAUUCAACGCAGGUAUCUUGAGCUACCUUCUGUUUUCGACCAGACUUCUCUGGAAGGUUUCAACAAUGUUUCUAAGUCAACCGCAUGCACUUGCUAUCGGGUUCGUAACUCCCGGUGUUGUGAUGUUCACACUCGUCCAUCGCUAUACCUCGGAUCCAGUUCAAAUUCGAGUCGCGGCUGGGAGUAUGGAUUCCGCCAUCCUACAGAUUGCUGUAGAUAUGACGAUUCUAACUGGCGCUUUUGUCUUCACUUCAAUCAUCUGGUUGAUAAUCUCGGUCGUCGGAGAAUUGGUCGCAGCGUUGCUCAUAGUGUAUUAUUUCUAUACAACAUAUUUGGUCUAA